AAAAAGAAAAAAAAAAAAAAAAAAAAAUAAAAAUAAAAAAAAAAAGAAAAAAAAGAAGGUUUUGUUCGUAUAUGUAAUUAAAAAAAGAAAAAAAAAAAAAAUGACGAACUUAACGUUCCUCGAACUUUUCGUUCGUUAACACACGCAUACAGCGCGAAUUCACGUAUAGUUCAAGAAAAAAAAAAAAAAAAAGAAAAAAAAAAAGACACAAAAAAAGCAAUUACGAAGAAAAAAUACGUGAUUUUAUUACUCGAGCGAAAUAAUACGUAGUAAUAAUUAUAUGACAUACGAGUGCAAAUAAAUCAUAAUCUUCGAUAUAUUUCGUUAUAUAUGCAUAUAUAUAUAUAUAUAUAUAUAUUUUUACUUACGGUGAAGAACUUUCGUAGGGAAUAGACCAUUUCUAUUUCGCAGAUUUCUUCUAGCUCGUACAUUGCAAGAAUAUGUACACACACGCACUUGGCAGUUUAAUCGAUAAAAAAAAUAUCCUCGGUAAGUUUAAUUAAAUAUUUUUUAAUAAAAAAUAUAUAAAAAUCUUUUAUAUAAAUAUAUUUAUAUAUACAUAUAAGAACAACGAUCGUUCUAAAGCGCGCGUUUCCCCGACGAUUUUUCUAGUGAAACGUUAAUCCGCCGAGCCAAUAUUAAUGCGCGAAAGAGAAACGUUCUGAUUGGCUAUCCUUACUUAUGGUAAGAGAAAUACAUUGGUCAAAUUUACAACAUGGACACGUUUAAAAUAUUUCUUUUUGUUUAAGGACAAUGGAAUCGAAAAUAUUGAUUUUAUUAGAUUGAUUGAAAUUACAGGGGUGGAAAAGAAAAAAUGGAAAAGGAGAAAAAAAUUAUUAUCAUUAUUAUUAUCAUCAUCAUUAUUAUUAUUAUUAUUAUUAUUAUUAUUAUUAUUAUUUUACCAUCGAACGGUUAUAUAUAAUUCUGUUGAUAGCACUGACUUAUACAUUGUAUAUAGUAUGUACUUGAGUAUCUGUUGGCACCAGGAUACCCUAGACGCGCAGCGGUUAAUAAAAUUUUUAUUCUGAAAACCGAAGGAUAUUAAUUGGUGACAAUUAAGAAAUAAUUAUUAGAAUUAUCAAUUGAUUAAUAAUGGUUGUCCAUACUAUCCUUCUUGACUUCACUGUAUCUGCUAAUGUUAUAGCAGACUUGGAGAAACGUUCAAAUUUAAAAUCUGCUAUAGCAAAUGUUCUGGGUGAACAUUUUAUUGGUUUAAAACCAUUAACAGAAUCAAACAUCGAUGGCAGUUUAUUGAUUUUAUAUACUGGCCCAAAAGGUAGUCUAAUAACUGUAAGAGGAUAUAAGGAAGGCCUAGUGACGUUAAACAUUGAAUAUUUCAAACAGGAUGAUGAAGAAGCAUUAUUAACAUUUGAGUUGGCCAGAGAAUUGGAGACGGCGUUGCAGGCAGCGGCAACCGCUACGCGGUCACACACGCUUAUCCCCAUUAAACGCGGUGGACCUUUUGAGAGAUACUUUCCUACCGCCGAUGAGAGAUUGCUUGAAUAUGACAUUGAUAAGCUGGUGUUUGAGGCACGGUCGCCUUAUCAAAAGGUACAAAUUGUCCAUUCCAAAUCUCUUGGUAACCUUUUGGUUCUUGAUGAGUUACAAAACAUGUCCGAAGCAGAUCUUAUAUAUACAGAAACGUUGAUGCAACGUGGCAAGGAAAGUUAUGCUGGAAAAGAGAUUGUUAUCCUUGGUGGUGGUGAUGGGGGCUUACUCUGGGAAUUGCUCAAGGAAAAGCCAAAAUAUAUAACAAUGCUUGAGAUCGAUGAUGUCGUUAUGAAAGCUUGUAGUCAACACAUGAGAAGCAUAUGCGGAGAUUGUUUAGAUAAAAGGAAGGGUGAUAACUACGAGAUAAUAGUUGGUGAUUGUGUAAAGGCACUUGCACAUAUGAUAGAAGAAGGUCGUCAAUUUGAUUAUGUUUUUGGCGAUUUAACUGAUAUUCCAAUCAGUACUACUCCUCAUGGCGAUGCAUGGGAUUUUAUAAGAUUAAUUCUAAAUUCUUCGGUGAAAGUACUUAAGCCCACGGGAAAAUAUAUGACUCAUGGAAAUGGUGCUUCCUGUCCUGAAUCACUGAAGAUGUAUGAAGAAGUAUUAUCUCAACUCUGCGUACCCGUAACAUUUGCAAAAGAUCGUGCUUUUGUACCGUCUUUCUUCGAAGAUUGGAUUUUCUAUCAAGUGUCGCUUAAAUGAUGGAUUAAAAACACACACGAUCAUUUACUUGAAAGACCAACCAAAUUUUCUCACGAUCUAUUACUUCCAUUAUGACCCAAGCUGAGCCUUAGUUUUAGAAACUUAAGUAAAUAAUCAGUUCCUCUCUAAAAGAUAAUUUAACUUCUUAUUCAAAUCAAAACAAUACAUAUAGAUUUGUAUGCAACUGCAUAUGCGAGUACGUAAAUAUAUAUAUAUAUAUAUAUAUACAUACAUGUAUAUAGAUGUGUACUAACAUAUGUAUAUAUAUAUAUAUAUAUAUAUUUACAUACAUACGGUACAAUCUAUAUGUAUAUACGCAUACAUAUGUUAUUUAUGUAUGUGUCCGCGAGUAUAGUAUAUAUACGCAUGUGAUUAUUCCAAUUUUGACAUCGUAAGUUAAACAGUAUAUAUAUAUAUAUAUAUGUAUAUAUAUUAUAUAUAUAUCUCUUCGUGCUUAAUUACUUAUAUCUCAGAAGUAAAAUGCUGAAAUAUGUGCUAAUUUAUUUCUUUUUUUUUUUUUUUUGUAUGUACAGUGUGUAUCGUGUUUAAAAUUAAUUGAUAUUGUCCAGGAAAAAAUUUGAUUUUUAUAGAUUCAAUUAUAAAAAUACAUACGAACGACCAAAUU